AUGGGCUUAGAAGUAUUUCUAUCCCGUCGUCGCCUCAAUUUGACGCGCUUAUGCGAGGCUUUAACCCCCACUGUCCCACUCAAGCAAGGAGUGUCUGGAAUCUAUACCUUGUAUUUCAUGGAUGUAUGUGCUAUGAUCUCAUCUCCUACCCCCCAUCGCGUGCCUGUCGAGCUCCCCAAUGGGACUGUGGAGUACAUAUUUCUUCAACCUUAUCUCUCAGCCCUGUAUAUCCACUUCAAACGUGAAGUCAAGCACGAACCUAUUUGGUUCUGUGAGGGGCUUCCAUUUCACGAAAGACCAUUCUUUGCCACUAAGAUCAGAGAGUUGUGUGAUUUAUACCCUAUACUCCUUGGAACAACAUCUGCAGAGCUUGACACUCAAGCUAGUUUCAUUUCUGUCCAGUGGCUUGUUGUUCGCUCCAGUAUUAACACCCACAUGCUAGAUUUUAUUCUUACAUCCCAAGGUUCUUGCAUGUGUGACUGUGGUGUAGAUAACGUCUCUCACCCCGCUCCCACAGUCCGACCAUCAGUUUGUAAAGAUGCAGAAGUGAUCACAUAUACUAGACAAGCUCUUUCUACAGAGCCUUCUGCUAGCAUAGAAGCGGGAUUCACGGUUGAUCCGGGGACAUCCAUCACCGCACAUGCCAGCCAACUGACGACCUAUCAGAACUCCUUGGUUGAACUCCACGAAAGUGCUGCAUCAGAUUGUAAUUACUCAACGCUUCAGCAAAAUAAAAACUAUCACGAUCCCAUAGAUAUCCUUGACGAAGCUAUUACUCAAGGAAGGGAAAUACGCUGCUGUCUUCACUGCGGUUUUCCCAUUUUGCCAGGCUUUCUAUCUAGUAGGCGGGGCAUGACUUCGUUUCUUACUUCUUUCAAUUUCAGGUAUGCGCCCCCUGGAGCGAGUCUUUCGUCAGCUGGGACCAUUGACGGCUUUCUUUUAAGCCGGCCCAUCGACAGCCCAACAGCCUCUGCGAGGUCACCACCGAGAGGACUGACUUCAUCUGUCCUUAAGAUGGACGAUUUCGAUAGCAUAUUUGCAGGCAGUGUCUUUAUCAAUUCCUUACAAGCCAUGCUUCCACCGCCCUUAACACUUCUGUUAGACACCAAGGCUGAGCUGGCAGAGUUUGAUGCAUCUGCCGUGGCCCUCGAGAAUUCCACCGUGAUUACCAUCAAUAAACUUCAGCAGAAGAGCUUCUUAUCACGGCGGUCCCGCAACCUGGUGAACCAUCGCAAGUCUAAUUCUGGGAUUUCAGUUUCUCAUCAUAUAAGAAAGGCAAGUACCAUGGUUUCUCUCAGCAAUAACGUCAGUCUAUGCGCUUACCAGGGAGUGGAAUCCUUUACAAAUGCAAGCAUGGAGGAGGAUCCGAUUCAGUCUCCCUGCAACCUAUCCUGUAGUGAUACCUCUCCUAUGAGAACUACGCUUGCAGAUAGCAAAGCAGACCACGCCAGAGAGCUUAAUGCAGAUUUACACGGAGGGCAGAACCAUGCAAGAAAUGUUCUUAAGCAAGGACCUAUUGGAAGACAGACCUUAGAUAUAACUAUUACAGAUAAGAAACCUGAUAGUUGUUCAAAGUCUGCGAAAGUUGUUGGAGUUAAUCCGUUCACACAGCAAUGGCUAGAAUCUGACCGAAUUAGCCCAGUAGGCAAAUCACAACAGCGUAAAACAUCCUUAAAAAUGCACUCGUAUAACAACCAAACAGUCACGAUAAGCUCAUCCGAUAUCGCGAAUAAGCCCCUCUCAAUGCCUAGUGGUCCACUUACAAGCUCUAAAAAGAACGUCCCACGAAGUACCAGUGUGGAAAGUAAGGGAAGCCUACUCAGCGGAGUGAGCUCGGGUAUACGCAUAGCCACCAAACUUAGCACGGAUUCCAAGCUGAGCCAAAAGAAAAUAGUUAACCUUGUUAUCAAGGAUGUCACAAAUAAUAGUUCAUUAAUGCAAGAUAGUCAAGCAGACUCCAUAAUUCAUAAUGAGCAAAAUGAUUCUUUUCUAACUUUUACGAAUGACAGGGCCCAGAAUGCCUCAACUUCGGCUUCUUCUUCAAUCAAAAAGGCAUCUGGAGCCCGGAAAAAAGUAGAUAUAAACGGUUAUGUGCCAAUUACUACGAAAGGAAAAGUCGAGACUGUUACAAUCAAUCUACAUCGAAUGGAUACGUCCCCUAUUCGCCCCCGUUCCCCAGUACACUCAUCGUUUAACGAGGAGCCAUCCCAAGACUCUAUUAUUCAUGGUGCCCACUCUCUAGAGCCAAUUGGAGGGGAUUCGUGUUCCAUGUCUGGAUUGGAAGACUCCGACGAGGCAGUAUCCCCUUCAAAUUUAAAUUCGACCAACAGCAAGCAACCUAAGAGUCAGACAAAUGGACGAGACUAUCGAGAGUUCACUAAGACUCCGUCGAUCAAUACAAUUGUCCCUCUUGGCACAGCAGCGGGUACAUCUGCGGAGCCACGUAGCGUCGCUACUGCGUCAUUAAGCAUACUGACUGCUCUAAGGGCAUAUCACAUUGUUACUACCAGGAAACGGAUGAUUAAAUCUAAAUUGCGGAACAUUGGUCCCAGUAUUUUGGAGCCUGCGCUUGCUUCACAGUUAUAUAGAUCAUCCCACUACACACAUCUGGUCUUCCGUUGGUGCCUCAUUAAUGAAGAUUUUGCCCACUAUGUUGGAUCUAUUCGACGACAGAGACGGGUCACAACGCUCAACCCCAUGUGUGAGAACUACAAGUGGAUUAAGGACUCGUUAGGGUUUCAUAAUAUAACCAUGUACCUGACAUCCAUGCUGAUACGCGAUAUCUUAGAUUGCAUUCCCUUGCCAGAUAAAUCUAAUAAGGGCAAACUGGUUCUUCAUAGGUCAAAGGGUGGUGCCAUUAAGGAUGUAGAAGUGGAUCAAGAAGCAAGCACAGAGGACCUGGUAGCGCCGGACGGGCCUUCGUUACUCAACUCCACUGAUAUAAGCCUGACAGCGUUUGUUAUUACCGGAUUUAAAAAGUUACUGACAUCAAUUGCAAAGCUAUCAGAUAUCUUCAAGUAUCGCUCCCCCGAUGACAAUAUGAAUGAGCCUCUUGAUACUGAAACAGCUCUGGGUACGGUGGACAAGCAUGUCACUUUAUCACUGACACGGAAACAGUCCCAGAAAUGCAAGAAGAAGUCGUCUAUCCAAGUGUCUCCGAAGCCAGUUGCGUCCCCAUCAUACUACAAUCUUUACAAUCUGCGGCGGAUUGUCUCUCAAAUGUAUAGAUACCUGUAUAGGUACGCGGAUGCGGAUGGCUCUGACCCUUACACGAUCUUGAACAAGCUAGAUCCUCUGGUAUUUAAGUCUUUAUCUACUAGGCAGCAAAGCUACUUGUCACACAACCUUCAGCGAAGUAGCGCCGUCUCUCUUCAGCACACCCAUAUCUCUGUUUUUACCGACUCAGAGCUAGAUGCACAACAAGACAUUGAUGCGUGCAUAGAUAAUUGGCUGAGCCCCGGUCAGUCACAGACACCUGAAAGUCCUAACUUUGAACCACUUGUUUGUGACAACAACUACGAUAUCAAUACCAACAUCCCGGCUCUGGCCGUUUAUCAUUCAUUCAAUAGUGUGUUUUGGAGCAGUACUAUCAGAUCAGAGCAUUUAAAAGACUACCUUUUACCCCAUGACCAGCUCUUUCAAACAAUCGUCACCAAGGAUAUAUUGCACAACCAUUUUGAGCCCAUUCGAACUAAUUCCCUAGGGACAGCAACUGCUAGUUCAACACAGGAUCUAGAAGGCGUCAACGAUAGUAGCGCAAUGGGGAGUCACUCUUUUAAUGUACCGCUUGAUAUUUGGAAAGAUAGCCAGAUCUCAGAUAAAGCCUUUCACGAUUUGUCCGAUGGGCAUCUCACCAAUAUCAUACCUGGGAGAUCUGCCGUAUACCGCUCUCAGGCGCUCAAAGUAACAGAUGAUGGCAACCUUGCUAUUCGGCAGCAAUCGCAUCACGAGCUGGGGGAUUUGCUGGCAAAGAUGUCUGUUCACAUGGAUCAGGGUACUCUUGUUGUAGGCUCUACUGACUCGGGCGCAUACACCACGGGGUCUCCUGUCUCUAAGCCCCUCUUUCUAUCUUCUCCCAGCCUUAUAGAUCUUCCCUUAUAUAAGUUUCUUGUACCGGAUGAGGCCGCUGGCUUGGACCUAUCUUAUAAAACAUUUGGUGCAGGCUUGAGCAACGAACGUCUAAUAUUGAAUACCUACUUUUAUACCAAUAGGUUUUUCAUCCCACAACCAAAUAGAUUGGCUAUGUUUAAUAUCUUGGCAAUAUCUGGCGGGCUGUUCAUGAGCCGAGACGAGCGUCUAUCGAUGGAAACAAUCAUGCGUGAAACACUUGCAUGUCUACAUUUAACCUAUUACGAUCUAGAUUACUACUAUUAUACUUAG